GAGAAUCUCUCAACGCAUGCGCAUUGUACGAAACUACUUGUAGGAGCGUGUUAUUUCUACUCGUUUAAACGAUUCUUUCACCGGUUUUCUAGUUUCAAACUAAUCAAUAAAGAUGACUUUGGCAAGAACUGUAAUCUUCAGAUUGGCGGGGAAGUCAAAGGUAUAUAUUCCAAAUUAAAUUGCUUAAAGUUCUCUGAUAUUUCGGUAAAGGAGGACGUUUCAUCCCCCAGCUAUAGUCAUUGAUAACUAAAUUGUUUCUGAUGAGGAUAUAGUAUUUACUAUAAAUCCAAAGAGGAAAUAAUAUAGUUACCUUUCAUGUGAGAUAUGAAGUAGGGUGUUACACAAUCGGACUAUGCUCUAAUUUUGAAUGGAAUUCAAUCAAGGUCAUUCUUGAAAGGCACUUAUCUAUACAAUAGAGAGAUAAACCAAAUUGAAAUUAUCUUGGUUCACUAAUAGGUAAUAGUAAGAUAUCCAUCUUUUUUCAUAGAUUCCAACUCCGGCUAUUUAUCAAGCAAGAGGCUAUGCUGAAGCCAGUAACAACAAUCUUAAGGAUGUUCUCUCGAACCUCGUUCCGCAACAGCAAGCACUUGUCAAGAAGUUCCGAAGCAAUCAUGGCGAUACCAAAGUGGGACAUGUCACCGUGGAUAUGAUGUAUGGAGGAAUGAGAGGAAUUAAGGGCCUCGUAACGGAAACAUCAGUUCUAGAUCCGGAAGAAGGAAUUCGUUUCAGAGGGUACAGUAUUCCUGAAUGUCAAAAUUUACUACCUAAAGCUCCAGGAGGAGAGGAGCCUUUACCAGAAGGUUUAUUCUGGUUAUUAGCCACUGGUGAUAUUCCCACUGAACAACAGGUAGCAAGCAUUACCGAGGAAUGGAAUAAGCGGGCACAUUUGCCAUCUCAUGUUGUUACCAUGUUGAACAACUUCCCCAACAAUAUGCACCCCAUGUCCCAAUUUGGAGCCGCUAUUACAGCUUGCAAUACUGAAUCCCGCUUUGCUAGAGCUUACGCUCAAGGUGUUUCUAAGGCUAGCUACUGGGAACAUGUUUAUGAAGACGCUAUGGACAUGAUUGCUAAAUUGCCUACAAUUGCAGCUAUAAUUUAUAGAAAUCUUUACAGAGAUGGAACAAGCGUUGGGGCAAUUGAUGAAAGCAAGGAUUGGUCUGCCAAUUUUGUGUCUAUGUUAGGAUAUGAAGAUGAAAAAUUUACUGAAUUAAUGCGAUUGUACUUGACAAUUCACUCCGAUCACGAAGGAGGAAAUGUCAGCGCCCAUACAUGUCAUUUAGUUGGAUCAGCUCUAUCAGAUCCUUAUUUGUCAUUUGCUGCUGGUAUGAACGGUUUGGCAGGUCCACUUCACGGUCUAGCAAAUCAAGAAGUACUUGUUUGGAUUACCAAGCUACAAGAAGCUGUAGGAGAUAAUCCAUCAGAUGAUACCAUCAAGGAAUUUAUCUGGAAUACUCUAAAUUCUGGACAAGUUGUACCUGGUUACGGACAUGCAGUUUUAAGAAAAACUGAUCCUCGUUAUACUUGUCAACGGGAAUUUGCAUUGAAGCAUCUUCCAAACGAUGCUACGUUUAAAAUUGUCGGGCAACUAUACAAAAUGGUACCAGAUAUUUUACAAGAACUUGGGAAAGUUGCUAACCCCUGGCCAAAUGUGGACGCUCACAGCGGUGUCCUUCUACAGUACUACGGAAUGAAGGAAAUGUCUUAUUAUACUGUUCUGUUUGGUGUAAGCAGAGCUUUGGGCUGUAUGAGCUCUUUGAUAUGGGAUAGAGCUUUCAAUUUACCUAUUGAAAGACCAAAAUCAAUGAGCACCGAAGGCUUGAUGAAACUCACGAAUUUUAAACCAUGAAAGAGACAAUACUGAAAUAAAAAGGACUCAAUAUCAUGUGUUAAAUAUAAAAUAAUAAGCUAUCAAUUGGACUAUUUCAGCUCUCUCUCUCGCUAUCUCUGCUAUUUUAGUUAGCAUUCCUGUUACAAAACGUAACGUUAAAUAAUUUUAGUUCUGUUCUAGAGUGUAAAGCAGAGCAUGAUUUUAUCCUACUGCAAUCUCUGUAAAAUAUUGUUUGGAAAAAUUAAGUAUUAGAUACUAAACAUAUUUUUCUCUAACAGUAGCACCAAUUCAUAGAAUCUACGUGUUGGAAAUAUUGUACAAAACCCUUAACAAUAUUUCCCUUGACCUAAUAAACUCAGCUAUAGUUAAAUCAUGUAAAAUGAGGAUGGUAAACAAGAUAUUUUAUUUUUGAAUUCUUUUGAAAGAAAAAUAUUUAUCUACUAGGUCAAGAUUAUAAAAAGAUUAUAAAUCUUUUGUAUUUGAGAAUAAAACUAGGACAACAUUCCCACAGUUUGAAUCAUAACUAUCUCGACAAAAGAGUCAAUUGAUAAUCAAAUUUAUGAGCUCCAUAAGUUGCAACAUGUUUUUGUAUAGAAAAAGGAAAUGAGGCAAAAACAACCUUUCUAGGCUUAGUUUCAGGACGGUGUCCGUAACUUUGAAUCCUGAAUAUAAUUCGAUCACAAUUUUCAUAGAUACCAAAUAUCUCAUAAAAAAUAAAAAAAUAUUACACUUAAUAAUUAUCUAAAUAGAAAAUGAUAUGUAUGUAAUUAAUAGAAAAACCCAAGAUCAAAUUGUUGGUUUCGUAAGUACUUCAUAUUUUUAGUAGGAUGAAUCCUCUAUAGUAAAAAACUUGAGACUGUUUCCAAAAGUCGACUUAUUAUCGUUCAGGUAUUUGACAAUUUUAGUUAAAUAUUCUGGAUAAAAAUCUUAUCUGUCGUAUUUUUAAUACAAAGUAAUAAAAAUUUAAUACAAAAAUUAGAUUCUUGGAAUUUUGGUGAUUUUGGCUUGGGUGUUUGUAAUCUUAGCUGGACGAAAGGCUUCACUUCGAUGGCUUGAUAGCAGAUAAAAAUUGAACAAUUAUUCCAAAUUCUCUACAUUGUUGUCAAUUAAGAGUUAUCUUCUAGCGAUAAGAAAAUUAUUACUACAAUAAUGGAUGAUAUUUCUUCUCUCUUGUACUAUUUUAUAUUGAUACCUGUUACCAUACCUGUAUUUCUAUUUUUUAUCACAUUAGCUUGGAUUGGAAAGAGGUUAUUUACGAAUAAUUAGUUUUUGGCAAUCUUCCAUCAAACAUACUUAGUUAUGACUGUUUUCUAUUAAAAUUUUUCUAUCUAAAAAAAAAAAGACGAAUAAAUAAAUUGUUUUAAACGAUUACAUAAGUACUUGGGUGCUUACAAUAAAAUGUAAUUGUCUUUUUUUGCGUUCAUGCGAAGUAAGGUCUAAAACACAUCUCAUACUGAGUUACAUGAUUGAGUCUACUUUAUUUUCUUAUAAAAUAUAUGUAGAAUAAUAGAAUUACUAAUCAUUUUUUUCUAGCCCAAUGUCUUAUCUAUUCGAUUUAUAUAAUUCUACUCAACCUAUAGUUAUUGUUCUCUAUAUCAGCGUAAGUUUUAAAAACACUUAUGUGGUAUAGUAUUGUUUUAACACUACUCAACAAUUCUUUUAUACCACUGUGGUGUUAUUUGGUUAUCUUAGUCAUCGGUAAUUAGUUUGGAUACUCUAGAAGAAAAAGUUGUG